UUGACAUCAUAAUCCCUGAUCACGCACGGGACACUUUCCCGCAUAUCCUGACCGAGAUCUUUUGAAACUAUAAAGGGAUGUCGGCUUGUGGUAAUACACCACAUAUUGAGAUAAAUUCGGAUUUUUUAAGAUCGACAUAAAAAAUGGGUACAGUCUGUGAAAUGGGUGUAGUAUUUAAACUUGGAGACGAACAGUUUGAAGCAAUGGUUGACCACAAGGCGGACGCACGUCCGAACCUGGUCGAGGAGAUGCCGCAAGAGACGAAAUUUAUCCUCAAUGACAAAAGACAGGGUAUUGAGGUUCGUAGACUUGACAACGAGUACAGACGUCGUUCAUGCAUGUAUGACAGCUCUGAAGUAAGAAAGGUUUCGGACAGCUUUGAAGACAAGGCUGACUUUGGCAUACUAUUCGACAUCGACGGUGUACUGGCUCGAGGUUCGACUCCCCUGAGUGCCGCCCAACAGGCGAUACGGCUCCUGGAGGACGAUGAAGGCCGCCUGAAGGUUCCGGUAGCGUUUGUGACUAACGCUUGUAAUAGGAGUAAUGACAAGGCGACUCAGAUACAGAAAUGGCUCAAUAUUCAGGUGACGCCAAAUCAAGUGAUCCAUGCGCCGACGCCGGCGAGACUGUUGACAGACUUCCACGACAAACAUGUUCUUGUCGUUGGACAAGAAUACAAAGUUGAUAUCGCAAAAGAUCUUGGAUUUACAAAUGUGUGCACGAUAGAGGACGUGCAGCGUGCCUAUCAACUGUUAGACAUGGUUGAUCACGAGCACAGGAAUGCUGUGGCUACCGGAAGUCAUCCAGACGACAAUACGUUUCCUCCGCUUGAAGCUGUGCUUCUGAUUGGUGAACCGACGCAUUGGGAAAGUCACCUCCAGCUACUGGUUGAUCUGUUGCUGACUGAGGGCGUUCCGAACACAAGCCACACCCCUAAAUCUGUUGCAGACGUGAAACAGUUGCCCGUGAUCGCAUGCAAUAUGGAUCUCGUUUUUAUGCAUCAAGCCUGUAUGCCUAGAUUAGGGCACGGAGCUUUCUUGGUGUGUCUGGAAGCUUUGUACAAGAAAAUCACGGGAAGAGAUUUGGAAUAUCGUGCCUUGAUUGGAAAGCCCUGUGAGAUUACGUACAGAUAUGCGGAGCACGUGAUCGGUGACGUUGCCAAGAAUAUGGGCAUUACCCGACCGAUCAGGAAAUUGUACUUUGUUGGCGACAACCCAAAUGUCGACAUUGUCGGAGCCAACCUUUAUGACAGGUACCUGAAGAGGGCGUGGCAGAAUCGACAAAAUGGUAACAUAAAUGAGGACAAUGACAGCGACCAUUUGCCGGUCAGUAGGUCCAUUCCAAAGGGUAUUAACUUGUACGAACAAACAGUACGCUCAAUGGAAAGCCUUCUCGUCGGAACCGGGGUGUUUAAACCCGAGGAGACGACUGCGGGUGGCAGCCCAAGUGAUGAUGUGUACCACGGACAUAGAGACAUUUUGCAUGAGCCUGAACUGACCAAACCCUCAAGGUUUGUGCCGGAUGUGUGCUAUGGAAUACAACAUAUUCUCAAGCAGGAGAAUUUCAACCCAUGCGCAAAUAGCGCAUGGUGAUAUGAUCUAAAGGAAAUAGGACCAAGUACUGGAGUGAUAGAAACGUCGUCACGCCAGGUUGUCACGGUUGUAAUGAGAGUCUGCUGCCGGCCAGUGUUUGAAUUCUCUUGCCAUGAACAGAUACAUUACAAAUGAUCUCCACAUCACCAGUCAUUACAUUUACGCUUGGCAUUGAUAACAUCAUGGCGCUUUUGGAGCUUAUUGUAUAUUCAUGUUUUUGCUAUAUUAAUGACAUUGUGUUCUAAAAAUGAGCUCUUGUCUGUGACCUCCCAAUAGCGGUUUUAUAAGAGCUGCAAGUACCGCUGAAGAGAUCCCAACUUUUUGAGUGGCUGGUACCUCUAAAGGGGCCUCAUAGACACUACAUGGCAGAAACGCUUGAAGGGAGCCUCUUCAUAUGUAUAGAACAAGAUCUCAUGGUGGCAAAGCGCCUAUAAACCUCUCAUAUUUCAGAUAUCAUUCGCCCAUUAACUUAUGUGAUAUUAUUUAAAUAUUAGGAAAGAUCAUUUUGUAUGUAAAUUACCAUAUUAUUUUAAUAAAACUGUUGCGCAAACGA